AUGUCGAAUCGAAGCGCGUCGAUAUGUUCAUUCCCUUCUGUGGGAUGUGAGGAACAAUUGUCAGAAACGUCCAAGAUAGAGAAAAGCGCAUUUGAAAGACUACCCGAAGAUAUUAUUCUACAAAUCCUUCUCCUUACCAAUGCCAAUACCUUUGCCUCCCUUGUUCUACUGAAUUCAAGAUGGAGGGGCAUCUCGCAACAAGCCUACCUUUACUCGCAUCAACUCACCCAAUGCCCUUCCUACUCGGCCACACAUAAAACAAAUCCUGCUUUAGAAGAUAAGGACAGCCUUCCACAUCUGCGAGGUCUAUUCGCCCAAGAGGUCAGGCGUAAUUUAUUCGAAGCAUAUUUACGACCUCAAGAGACGGUCAUCAAUUUAGUUUCGACAUCCAUAGGCUCAUCAAGUGCGCCUGGAGGUGAAGCCUGCCAUUUUUCCAUCUCUCCCCGCGGAGUUCUGGUUCUAGCCUAUAAUUCAUCUCGAAUUCACAUCAUAGAUGUCACAGCCCCGGAGGUUCACAUCAUACGAGAACUUAAGAUCUUGCGACGACCAGCGGCGACAACAAUUACAGAUGAUGGAUCUCUACUUGCUGUAUUGUCGACCGACCUCCAGGUCAACCUUUACGACUUAACUGUGCGUCCACCAAAACACACAAGGUCUGUGACACUAGAUCAUACACCAAGGACCAUCGCUCUUUCACCAACCGGACAAGUUCUUGCCGCAGCUUAUGACUCUGGAGUAGAAUUGACUUCUCUGCGUGAAAUCGGUACAAGUCGCGCUGUAAAGGCCUAUGGCGUUGACUCUUUGACUUUUUCUCGUAAUUCUGACUUACUUUUGGGCACCACAUUACAGUCUAGAAACCCUAGUACCGUCGUCUUGACCGCGCCAUAUUAUGAUCCCGGGAGCGUCUCCCCUGAAGAUAGCAUAAGUGCUCUUUGGACAACUUCAAUACUCUUCCCCACUGGUAGCCGAGACUGUAGUCAUGCGGUCCUAUUACCCAGUCCUCAUGAUGACGAAGCAAGCUGGACUUUCACAUAUGAUCGAGUUUUUGAAACCUUUCGAGCAGUAAGGAUGGAUGAUUUACGCAAUGGUAAAGUUCAUUUUGUUGGACCCAGUGGGGAACCACCUGCAUCAAAAGCGGCAGCAAACAAGUCUGGAGAUCUAGCAGCGGUUGGCUAUAGUCGAGGGAGCGUUUGGCUUUGGGGAAUUCCGGAGAAUUUGGAUCCUACACCUGCCAUUGCGGGCUCGAAUAGUAAUGCAGAAACCGCACCAAGCACACCUCUGAGUCAGAUUGGACGUCGAAACAGCGCCCCAUCGUUACGCUCUGUAAAUCGAUCUCUGGACCAUAGCAGUAUUCGUAUUCCACAAUGGCAACUCCUCUGCGAUAAGUCGCGCAAUACAUUUGUUGAAGGCUAUCAUAUUACCACUCUGGACGGAGUAAGUGCACUGAGCUGGGUCCAAGAAGAAUCAAAACAGCUCCAAGGUGAAAGACUUAUAGCUGUUGCACCAGGAGUAAAACGCCAAUGCAUCAUAGACGAGGAUGAUAGUAUGAGUCCGGUAGAUGGCGGCCGUAUUUGUGUACUAGAUUUUUCCUGUGGCACGAGCAAUGGCAAGAAAACCAUAACAACCAUAGAGGUGGGCCAACGAGACGAUCCGGAAAUCCUAGAGGAAGAACAUAGGGACAUAGACACAGAGGUGGCUAUUGUCAGAAGAAGAACAGUAGCACAGCGAAGAAGUUACCGUGCUAGUAUUGCUCGUUCAACUACCACUAUGACACGCCCGGAACCACCGCCAAUUCCUGCAAUGCCCAAUUUGAGCAAUUCAUCCAACGUCCCGCUUCCUCCCCUACCUAGACAAAUGAACGGCCUAGAAAAUACGACUGAUUCGGCAGAGACAAUUUCAUAUGAUGAUGACCAAGAAGCUUUCGAUGAUCCCUAUGCGAAUGCUGCACCUCGCUCAGGUACGACUCUACGCCGCGCUGCAACAGCUGCUGCCGUCAAUAGAAGACUACAUCCUCGCUCUAUAAUACAGGAGCGUAUCGAGUACCGCCGCGCAGAUGGCCGUGAGGAGCAUCCACAUGAAAGCGAUGCAGACAACUGGGAGCCGCCGCCUCCUCCUUAUCAGAAAGAUCCGGUCCCUCCACUUCCCGAACACAUUCAGAGAUCUAUACUUGCGGACCAUGCAAGGAUUAUGCAAGCAGCAAACAAUCAACGAGCUACAGUCCUUGACUUCCCAGGAUUAGAUGCCCCAGUUCUUCAACGACCUCUUCCCGAAGCUUUACGGGAGCAAAGGCACCCCUUUCGCCGAUCACUUAGCGAUAUAACAACUGUACCUUCCAUGACUAAUCCUGUGGAUGACGAAGUAGCUCGACCGGUGACAAGUCCUUCCAUUGCAAACUUUGAUGAACGUCCUACGACCUCUGAUUUUGACAGCCUUUAUGAUGUUUCCCCAAUCGGUACUCCACAACCAAGCCUCACAAGGCCCUUGCCCCAGCAAAGCUCCCGACUUCCUGUAGAACUCAACGAUGCUGAGAAUAACACGCUCGAUUAUAACUCAAGCUCAUCUAUGAGAGCCACGUUACAAUCGCCUGUCUCCCCAAUUCCUCAGCCUAUGAAUGCAACUCUUGACAGGCGCUUGCUAGAUUGGGAAACUACAACAGUUGAUGACAAAGUCUCUCUGAUGCAAAAUAGCAGACCUACGACUGCUGUAGCCGCAGAACAAGGAGACGACUCUGAUCUUCCACAACUAAAUUCUAAUUCACUCACAGUACCAGCACAGGGACCGCCCGAUUUAUGGCCCGUACAGCAAAGCUCAACAUUUCCACGGGCGGGGGACACUUCCCCCAGCUCAGCUAUCUCAGAGUCUACUGAUGAGCCUAUCACUAUAUGGAGAAGAAUCAAUUCUGCACCUGUGGAGGUUCCUGUGGACGGAGUCUCUGGUUUAGUGAUGCCUAGUGCCGAUCUUUUGGCGCGAUUCAAUAGCCGAAGUGGACGUCCAGAUAUUCUAAGGGAUCCAUCUCGACGUCGUUCUGGCUCUAACCCUCGAGAUUCUGUACCACUUCAAGGUUUUAGCAACCAAUCUCGACAAGUUUCUCAUACUGCUCCUGAGCAAUCAAAUCACCUGUCUACACCACCCCGUGCAGUCGCUGGAACUCACGGGGCAAGCCCUACCCGUCCAAAUACAGGCCUUCGUCCUUCUUCUGGUCAUGCUUCUCCUUCUCGGCGAAUUAGCCUUGGUUCGCAAAGAUAUUCUGCAUCGCCAAACGGCUUACGUCCACCUCUACAACGUCUCGAGACAAUCCAUAGCGCAGCUUCUACUCGAGUUACCUCACCUUACAAUAUACCGCCGAUACCUAUUUCCAGACAACCAAGCAGAGCAGAGCGCAGUGCGUCACGAAACGUCAAAAAUGCUAAGAAAAACGGCUGGAGAAAGAGUAUGAUGGCAAAGAGAACUAAGAACAAAAGUGAUGUGGCAAGUAGUGCAGGCUGGACAGACGUAACAUGGGAUUCGCGACCUGCUACUUCGCCAGCGAUUGUAGUAGAAGAUGCAGAGAUGCAGCCGCAGCAGAAGAAGAAUGCCGCAAAAUGCGUAAUCAUGUGA